GCCCGCCCCGCCCCCGCCCCGCUCGGUUCCGGCCGCGGCGCAGCGAUGGCGAGUGGCUCCGCGGCGGGGCUGGCGGCCGAGCCGUGCUGUGUGGCGGCGGGGUGCUCCUGGCCCUGCGCGCCGCCGGGCGGCCUGGCCCGGGCGCUCUGCCUGCGGCGGGAGGCGGGCGGCGGCGAGGCCAGCACCGAGGCCGUCGUCGUGGAGAGGCGGGCGGGCGGCGAGGCGCCCUGCGUGCUGCACCUGGAGUGCCGGCCCGGCGGCGCCGCCGAGAUGGUCUCCGUCGGGAUCCUGAGCGAGGCCCGCAACAUGGAGGUGUACGUGGGCGAGGAGUACUGCGGCACCGGCCGCGGGCAGAGCCUGGGCGCCGCCCGCACCGCGGGCGAAACUGACAAGGUUACUUUAUACAAAAAGUACCUGAAGUUCGAAUGCCCUGCAGCCUCCUGUAGAAUUAAGCUGCUCUCCAUUGGUGAGAAACAAAGAGUACUCAUCAGUAAAAUAAUUGUACAAGUGAAAACAGUGUCUGCAAAACUAGCAACUGAUUUUCCUUCACUAGGCUCAAGUAUAGAUCUAGACAGAGUGCAAACUAUAAUGGAAUCUAUGGGAUCUAAGUUGUCUCCGGGUGCUCAGCAGCUCAUGGACAUGGUUCGAUGUCAGCAGAAAAACAGUUUAUCUCUCGAAGACAAAUUUAACUGGAUCUUUGGGAAAAAUUCAGACCUUGGAGGUGAUCAUGCAAUAGAUGGAUUGCGCAGUGCAGCUAUUCAGACAUCACGAGACCAAUCAGCUGCUGAACCUGUGCCUGUUAAAAAUCAUUUAACAAGUGAAACAGUGUAUGAACACUUAAAAAUAAGUCAUGAUCUGAACUCACAGGUACCUGAAAGAGGGAAUACUCUUGAUUCUGAAAGACUUGCUGCUCAGCAAAAUACAGUUGACCUCAGAAAUGAUUUUAAAGUCAUGGGAUCUUUGCAUAUGCAGGAACAAGCGAGUAAACCCCCAAAUGUAGCUGUUCCACAGGUGCUUCUUCCUUUUCUUCAAAACUUAUGUAGUCAGGUGAAUCAUCUUCGGUUAAAAGAUGGCGAUAGGCAUUUUGGUAAAAAUGCAGUGACUAAAGAGGAAGGCAUUCAGUGUGUUGGAGUAGAACAACAGCCUAUUUGCUCCUAUUUGGAAAAGAUCAUCUCAAAAAAUAUGGAGCUGAUGGAGAAAAAGCUAAUGGACUACAUUGAUCGCCAAAUCCAGACUCUUCAGACACACAUAGAUAACAAAAUGGUUCUCUUAAUGGACUUGGUUCAGAACUCCACGCCAAACAAAAUUGCACAAGCACACUAUGAUUCUAACGAAGGGUUCUCUAAUGGAGAGAGGUAGAUGUAUAUAGAUAUAGGACUUCAAUGUAAGUACUUUAAGGGCAAUUAUACUUUACAAAGCUUAGUAUUUAUGGAGCUCUAUAUGGAGUAAAGAACCUCAGUGUUGUUGAGCUUCAUUUUCUUACUGUAAUUAUAUUCACUAUUGUACACAGUUGUUCUAUGAGAGAUUUAAGAAUGUGUGUGUUUUCCUAAAUAUUAAGAAUUUUCUAUGCCCUUUAUGGCUUAUUUAUUUAAAGAGCACUGCUAAGAGCUGUAUGAAGCACAGUUUCCCAGUUUCAGUUUGAACAAUGGAGUACUGUAAAUAAACUGAGUUACAGCUUGUCUUUUUACCUGCAUGUAAUCAGUUAAAUUUUUUUGUUGUCUUGAUUUUUAAUAUGUAAUGUGUUACCAGUAGAAUAGAAUGUAGUUUCUUGGUGCUUUUGGUUUAUUUUAACAGCACUUCUAGUGAAGACUUUUAUUACUCCAUCUGUAAGAAGACAGGUGUUACUGGCAUUGCCGAGCUUAAACUGUUUAAGGAGUCAGGUUUAGAGAGGCAGGCUAAAUUGAACCCCCCCCCAGCCUGGGUUCUUUGAAAGCCUUGCUGGCUGUGUGGGCACCUAAGUUAGGAGUCUAGGCUCCUUAAGUGAUACCUAAAACAAGACUGUCAUUAUACUUUUUCCCUCCUAAACUAAUUGAGCCAUGCAGGAACAACUGAAAUGAACAUAUACUUAGUAAUCUUGUAUUUGUCCAUGUUUUGUUAUCCUGAGAAAUGUAAGUACUUCAUUUGUGGCUCCUCUCAAGGGGACUUCGUUGCCAGAUAGAACGUGCUGGGGGUGGGCAGGAUCUGCUGCGUGUCACCAGCCUUAGGCCAGAUAAAUGGCUUUAUUGCAUCAUGCUUACUUGAACCUGCUGGGAUGAGUUCUGUGGUCAUUUGUGGAGGCAGAAGUGUGACUCGAGGUUCCUCUUUUGUGGAAGGUCAGGUGUCAUACUUGAUUCUGUUGAUUACUCAUUGAGUUCUGGGGUGCCCCCAUUUAACUUGGCCUGUAUAGGGAAUUGAUGGUAAAUUCCGAAGUCAUGUGCACAGGUGUUGGUUGUAUUCUGUGUCUUAAAAUGCACUGAGCAAAAGCUGUUAAUGGGAAGCAAGUGUUGACUCAACAAGCAGCAUAGGCAUGUACAAUCCAGUAUCUUUAUCUAGCCUGCCUAAUAUUUUCUUCUUGAGGAAAACCGGUGUCUUUUCAAGAUGGUCAGGUCUCGAUGGUAGCCACCCACAUCAGUAGAUUUUGAAGAGGGGAUAAUUUGCUUUGGACAGACAUCUUGCAGUUGUCCCUUAGCUUAACUCAUGUCAGGUGCAGUUUCAAAGUGAGUAAAAAAAACAAGAGAGGUUUUUUGGGUUGUUUGUUGGUUGUUUUUUUUUUUU